AUGUAUCAAAACAGACAGCCGGCGUAUGCGCCCACACCUCAUAGUUAUAUACCGAAUACAGCAUUAUCCGCAACUAUAAAUUUGGAUGAGGAAGUGAAGCUCGCCGAGUCUAGAGCAGAGCGCGACCUUCAAGACUCACUUGCAGAAGUCUUCAGUAUCAUAAUCACUUUAGAUCAACUCGAAAGAGCCUAUCUUAAGGAUGCGAUCCCAGAAUCAGACUACACUGAGACUUGCGACCGAUUAUUGAAGCAAUACAAAGCUAUAUUAGCAGACGAAAGCGUAGCUAGGGAGUUUGUGGAUUUGGAGACCUUCAAGAAUGAAUGGGAUAUAGAUGUCCCAAGAGCCACGGAAAGACUUCGAAUAGGAUUGCCUAGCACCGUUACUGCACCCUCACAUAAUGCAUCUACUUCAAACAACAACGGUACUAACGGAACGUUAAUUCUCGAAGCGACACAAGAUUUCAUCACAUUUUUGGAUGCACUUAAGUUGGGAUUAUUGGCGAAGGAUCAACUACAUCCGCUACUGUCAGAUGUCAUACAAAGUGUAAAUAAGGUUACGGACAAAGACUUUGAGGGCAGGGGGAAGAUCGUUCAGUGGCUCAUUGCUUUGAAUCAAAUGAGGGCAACCGAGGAGGUCAGUGAGGACAAAGCGCGAGAAUUGGAGCUGGACAUGAAUUCGGCAUAUCAAGGAUUUAAGGCGACCUUAGCUUAG